AAGCUUAAUACCAUGGGUAUUUUAUUCGAUACAAAACUACAUCUGGGUAUAUUGAUCGAAAUAAUAAAGUACGCAUUAACAUUUUCACUGUGUAGUUCUUUUCGUUAUGGAGGUAAAAUUGUACUUCCCGCAAGUUUUUUUUUUUUAUUGUGUUGGAUAAGUAAAAAGAAGAUUGAAUGAAUUGAUGAUAGACAAUAGACGAUUUGAUGAUGGCAAGCAAAAGUCCAAGCUUAAACUCACUGAUGAAUUAUCGUUUUGUGAAAAAGCAAGUUCCUAAACUCACCUCAGGUAGUGAGAGCUUGUUUAGCUCCGAUACAAAUGGAGGUAUUCAGCAUGACAGUAAGGGAACAGACGGGCAAACAGACAGCCAAACAAGCAACUGUUCAUCUGCCACAAUCCUCUACUCAGAUCAGGAGGGAGGAAGUCAGAACAGCGAGAUGACCAUUCCAUACAACCCGAGUCAGGAUCUCGGAAGCCAGGAUCCAUUCACACAAAACACAGAGGACUGUCAGCCUAGUAGUCCGGACUCUCCUAUCUUCCGCGGAAAGGUCAAGGGGUCAAACAAGAACUGUAUUGGGGACGAUGACACAGAUCCUAUGUCCUCCCCCUGGUUUUCAAAGGAAUAUGGCAUGUCCAAUGGAAUGGCUUCUACCUCAACAAAACAGAGGAGGAAAUCCAAGCAGGUUGUGCGACAGGGCUUUGGGGAUGACUUGACUCCGGAGCAGACGGAAGCUGUCAAUCACCUGAAGUCGAUGUUUCCGGACCGCCCCAUGGAGGUGUUACAGGAAGCUUUGGAGGCCCGCAGUUGGAAUGUGGAGGAGGCUGUUGAUCAUGUGAUCGAUGGGUCUAAGGCAUUCAGAAAUAAGAAACCGAAGAAGCGGAUAAUUCAUCAGGAAAGCAGCGAUUCAGAAGACGGAGGGUCACCGGUUCAUCGUCCUGGGAAACGAGCUCGACCCAUCGAAUCUUGUGACCUUGACCCUUCCCAGAUCUCGGAAAAGGAGAAGGAGAGGCGGAUUAUUUUCCUGCAAGAGGCAUUUCCUCAGAAGAAAAGACGGGACUUACAUCAGGCCUUAGAGAAUAACAACUGGCAGACUGACGACGCCCUUCUGGAGCUGGGCAACAUAGGAGACAAGUCAGAGGAGAGACAAGCGGCUCUAGAGGAUGAGGAGGAGGAUUUCCGAAGUGAAGAUGAAGAGGCAGACAGCGAUGACAGCAUUGAGAUGGACACAGAAGGUGCUAAGACAGAGAGAGAGAAGAUCCUGACUUUCUUCGAUGAGGCGACAAUAGACGAACUAUCAGCAACACCUGGCUGUUCCAAAAAGCGUGCUGAGGUCAUCAUGUCACUAAGGCCGUUUAAGACAUGGAACAAACUAACGACAGAAUUUUGCAACAACAAAGCGUUGUCGUAUGAAAUUGUCAGUGGUUGUAAAGAAAUCUUCCGGGUCCGACAAGUCAUUCUCAAACUCAUGCAGAAAUGUGAGGGAAUUUCAAAGAAAAUGGAGACCGUUGUUUCGUGCCUGACAAAGAAAACGGACAUAGAUGAAAGCAGCGAUGAUGAAUCUAUACAAAUAACUAAACAGCCAGGAAACUUGUCUCCGAACUGUCGUUUGAAGCCGUUCCAAAUGGUGGGGUUGAACUGGUUGAGAAUCAUGCACUCGCAGCACCUGAAUGGGAUCUUAGCUGAUGAAAUGGGAUUGGGCAAGACGAUACAGACGAUCUCCUUUAUUGCUCAUCUGAUGGAGGAAGGGGAGAGGGGACCUCAUGUCGUCAUUGUUCCUUCCUCUACAAUAGAGAAUUGGAUGCGAGAGUUUGAGACCUGGUGUCCGGACGUCAACCUUCUGGUUUAUUAUGGAUCAAUAGAGGACCGGCGUCAGAGUCGACUGUCGCUGAUGUAUGACACCAAGGAGGAAUACAACGUUGUCCUCACCACAUACAACAUGGCCACGGGAAGUGUAGAAGACCGAGCACUUUUUAAGAAAGUCGAGUUUCACUACGCCAUCUUUGAUGAGGGUCACAUGUUAAAAAACAUGUCGUCACUUCGCUACCAAAAUCUUAUGAAAAUUGCAGCGGAGCGGCGUUUGCUGUUGACUGGCACUCCCCUUCAAAACAACCUCUUGGAGCUUAUGUCGCUGUUGUGUUUUGUGAUGCCAGAAAUUUUCAGUGGGAAAACUGAUCAACUCAAGCAGAUGUUCUCCAUGAUCAAUAGGGGAACUGAUGAUAAAGCAAAAAGUAGAUAUGAAAGGGAGAGAAUUCAGCAGGCUAAGAGAAUAAUGCGACCAUUUGUCCUACGGAGGCUGAAGUCGGAGGUUCAGCAGCAGCUUCCACAGAAGCGAGACAGAGUCCUAUACUGUGACUUGAUUCCCCAGCAGAGGGCGCUUUACCACCGACUGAUCCAGCAAUUUAAGCAGGUCAUGAAGGAGGACAGGGUUAAACAGUCAAAUGAUGGGGCGUCCAUGUUGAUGCAGCUCCGGAAGGCGUCCAACCACCCGCUGUUACUGAGAAAUCAUUACACCGACGACAUUGUGAGAAAGAUGGCAAAACAACUCACCAAGGAACCAUCACACCGAGAGCGGGGGGCUCUGACAGAGUUUAUCUACGAGGACAUGGCGAUGUUAAACGACUAUGACAUCAUGAAACUGUGUGACCAAUACAAGAAAUAUUUAGGGAGUUACAAACUAGAUAAUGAUGUCAUCACAGAGUCAGGGAAAUUCCAAGAACUGGAAAAACUCAUGCAGUCUCAUAAAUCUCAGGGAGACCGGAUUCUACUCUUCAGUCAGUUUACAAUGAUGAUGGAUAUCAUGGAGGACUUCCUGAAGAUGAAGAAAUACUCGUACCUACGUCUGGACGGCUCCACGCCAGUCCCUGACAGACAAGAGUUGAUCGACAAGUACACAAAAGACGAAAGUAUAUUUAUCUUCAUGCUGUCCACACGAGCUGGCGGUUUGGGAAUCAACCUCACAGCGGCUAAUGUCGUCAUUAUCCAUGACAUAGACUUCAACCCGUACAACGAUAAACAGGCUGAAGACAGGUGUCAUAGAGUAGGGCAAACCAGGGAGGUUUCAGUGAUUCGUUUGAUCAGUAAGGACACGGUAGAGGAAGGAAUGCUGAGGUGUGCUCGGGACAAACUCAAACUCGAGAAAGAUAUCACUACAGAUGAAAGCUCGGACAAAGAAAGCUCCUCUGAUGUUGCCUCACUCCUCAAAGAUGCUCUCUCUGUCAGCUCUUGACCUCAGUUGACCUUGUAGACCACCAAUCACCACUAGAUCAGAUCCACAUGGGCCAAUCAAAUGUCAAACAACGUUAGAACUACGUAUCAUUUGUCAGCAAUGUGUAUCAUGACAGAUAGCAUUACACUACAUUAGUGUCAGUGAAAUGAAAGCAAGAUGUUUUAUGUAAGAUGUACAGUUCAGAUUGUACAUCUGUUGGAUUGUUUGAAAUAUGGAAAUUUUGUUUAGAAUAUGAAAAGAAGUAUAGAAAUGGGACCUUAUUUUGUACAGAGUUAUAUUAUGGUAGGGAGUGCAUUUUGUAUGGAGUUUUGUGUGUAUUAAGUUUUAUGGAAAUUGUAUUUGUAUGUCAAGCAGUUUUGCAAAAAUACAACAGCCCCCAAUUAUUAUUGAAGGAUGAUAUUUAAAGGCGCCCUUCCCUUUUGAUAUUUGAGGGUCUCUCUCUUGAAGUGAAAUUUCCGAAUAUGUUUCUUUGCAAAUUUAAUGCCAACUGUCCUCAUUUUGCAACUUUGAACAGUGAAGUAUAGCAAGUAAUUGGAAGUAUAGACCAUUAUGAACAAAAGUUUUUGGAGUAGGAUUCAGUUUGCACGGAAUGCUGGGAUAUGGUUGUCUCUGCAAAGGAUGCUGGGAUAUAAAUGUCAUUUUUAUAAAGUCAAAAGUUGUAUGGUGUCUGUGUAGUGCUCUAUAUCUUAGCUGUACUUGUAGAUAUGAACGUAGUGUAAGAUUUUGUUGUCAAUUUGAAUAUUGUUUGUCAUAGGAGAUGAAUUAACUCCAUAUAAGAACAAAUAUGGGCUAUAGAAAAUUGUUUUACAAAUGGAUGGGAUAAAAUCUUGCCAAAUCUUUUACUUGUUCCUUGAAAAUUCUCCUAAAAAGGUAAAUCUUAUUUUUGCCGGGGGGGGGGGGGGGGGGGGGGGGGGAUUUUUUCCCAUAAAAAUACUUGAUUAUUGAUGUUUACAUGUUGUUCUUUUUACAUUAAGGUUCGCUAUUUAAGCUCUAUCAAAGAUUUUAAUCGCAUUCUACACUUUAUAAUUUAUCAGAGGUUUUUCCCUGUAUUUAAGUGACAGUCUACACUCUGUACUUUACACUGUGGGUCCCCAAUAAACUGUCUACCAUCUGUGAUUUACACUUUGCAUCAGUUGACAAUAAAUGACUUAUUUUUCGA